UCCCUAUUGGAAUAAUAAUAACCCUGAUAGGGUAAUCCGCAGAACGCUAAACCCCUUGGAGCUGCUCGCCCGCAAGGGAAAUUUCAUCUGUGCUCUGGUGCUUUCGACGGAGGCAACUCAACGGCCAUCGUCCACGGUGGCUGCCGAUCUCUCCGGCGCGUUCUCCAGGUGUUUGCUUGCUGGAAUAAGAGUUCCCAAUGUAUGCUUUAGUGGUCUGAUUUGACAUUUUGAGACAGAUAACAAUCCUACUAGCUUAGAAUGAGCUUGCUAUUAAGAUUAAGGAGUCAUAUACCCAAUGGGUCAUAUAGACAAUCUCUGGGGUUGACUGUAAUAGGGCUUAAUCUGAGUAAUUUGAAUGUCCCUUCGAGAUAUUUUGGUCAAGCUGCAAGGAAAGAGGAAGAGGAUGUAGAGGAAGUGGAAAUUGACCAAAGAAGGCUCCCAGCUGACUUUGAUCCUGCAACAUUUGAUCCUGCCGAGCAUCAAAGUCCUCCAUCAGAUAGAGUUUUCAGGCUUGUCGAUGAAUUGGCAUCUCUAACACUAGCUGAAUCCGCAGAAUUGGGCCCCAUUCUGAUGAAGAAAAUGGGACUGAAGGAGAUGCCUACUGUGGGAUAUAUGAAACCUGGAGCUGCUGCUAAUUUGGCUGGAAUGGCAAUGAAAGCACCUACUGCAGCCAAAGAGGAGAAGAAGCAAGAGAAGACAGUAUUUGAGUUAAAAUUGGAAUCCUAUGAGCCAGCAUCAAAAAUUAAAAUCAUCAAAGAAGUCAGGGGUUUUACAGCUUUGGGUUUGAAGGAAGCGAAGGAUUUAGUGGAAAAAACACCAUCCAUUAUAAAGAAAGGAGUUUCUAAGGAAGAAGGAGAACAGAUAAUGGAGAAAAUGAAAGCUCUUGGUGCCAAGGUUGUCAUGGAAUGAAGGUAAACCAAUGCACAUUGUCUUCUUGGAGAGCUAUUGAAAUGUGUUUUUCAUUACCCCCACAUUUCCUGAAGUUUUCACAAGGAUGCUAUUAGUUUGACAGAUUUAACCAGUGGCUGCUUCUUUGUUUGUGCUCAUUUAUGAAUUUGAGCUGGAAUUUGAUAGUUCAGCCAUUCGAGAAUAUAAUUCAUUAGAACAAGAUUUCGGAAAGCUCUUUCUAAUGAAAACAUAUCACGUUGACAUUUUUACAUCUCACCAUAACAUUAUUGAUGACUUAUGGAGAUCCUUCAAACACCUCAGAAUUACGCUUUUGAGUUUUAUCCUCUCCAUGACCUUUCUGAUGAAACAUGCAAUUACUCUGACUACUCAUUAAUCAUUAUGUAAUAGAAUAGAUACAGCCCAGUGAUACUACCUUUUAUGGGGUAAAAUAUUGUUUGUUUGGGCACAUAUUGUUUUAUUUGGAUGGUUGGCUGGUUUCAGAUGUGUUUGUGUCUGCCA